CUGGUCUGAUCUUUUUAUUCGUGUUUCCAAUUUCCAUCGCCCAACGGCCAUGAUUUUCCUCAAGGUUCCGCUCAGCAAGUCUUCGUUAGAAGUUUGCCAGGCGAUUGGCCAAGCAAUAGCCUGCCUGGGCCCAAUCAAAGUAAAGUGCUACUGAAUAGACUGUAAAAUUCUCCAGGAUUUAUUCAGGUGGCGCUUAAUAAAUUCGUUAGAUUGUUUAAUAAAUUCAGGGAUAUCCGGCCCUCCAUUCGACUUUAGAACAGGGUUUAUGAGACAUUGCCGAGUGCGUUACCAGGGCGUUACUGAGUGACACAGCACCGGCCAGUGACAUGGGGAGGCCCAGUGAUCUCGACCAAUCACAGAGCGAGGCCUAGUGGUCCCGGCCAAUCAUAGUGCGGGACACAAAGGUUCUGGCCAUUCAGCGUGGGCGUUGGGGGCGGGAUCAGGUACAAAAUGGCGGCGAUGGCCCGAGUGGAUUUUCGGUGUUGGUGAAAAUCUGUGGAAAAAAAUAUCGGGAAGAAAUAAUCGAUUUAAAACCAUCAAAAAAGGGAUUCAGUCGGUAGAUUAAUGAAUUAUCUGAGGUAAACUGUCGAUUUAAAAGCGUCGAUUGUUUCUAUUCCUUCCCAAGGGGAAAGGGAAAUAAUGAAGGAGUACCAGUGAAGGAACGGCGGCGAGGAGAUAGUGCAAUCCGCCCGUUUUUAUAUCAGUCUGUAUUUUUAGUGGAAGAUUGAUUUUUGUCUUUUCCUGCAACCUGGAUUGCUAAUUCCUGUCGUUAAGGAAUAUGAAGGAGAAAGACGUGUCGCCUAAAACUGGCGGAAAACGCGGUGAGGAAAGGCGAAGCGGCCAUCACCAACAGCCGAGGAAAAUUGGGAAUACCCACAACAGCAUCAACAGGAACAACAAAAACCACGGCAAUGCCAAGAGGGCUCGCAACAUUAGCGGCAAAAGGACCAACAACAGAGAUUAUGAUGUUUACCCUCCCAACCGGACUACUAAUAACUUGAGUCUUUCUUCCGCUUCCUCAAGGGCAAGUAGGACUGAGAGACAGCCUGCUGAAUACAAAACCCUCAAGAUCAGCAAUCUGGGUUCCCAGUUGAGUGAUGGUGCCAUUGAGGAUGGCCUCUUCCACGAGUUUAAGAAGUUUGGGGAUGUCAGUGUGAAGAUUUCCAGGGAUGGUGAUGAAAGAGUGGCCCUGGUGAAUUUCAGACAUUCUGAGGAUGCUAAGGCUGCUAGGCACGCCAAGGGCAGAUUGGUACUGCAUGAUCGCCCUCUAAAAAUUGAAACAGUUUAUCCUCCUCCAAAAGGAAGAAGUUACUCCCCUGAAAUGGAUGGGUAUUCUGCACCAAGUGUCCAAGGCAACCGACACAGGCAAAGAUCUCUGUCCCCUGCUGGACUUGGUUACAGAGAGCAUAGAACUCAGCAACGCAGUUCUUUGGGGCGUCAGUUACCACCCCCACCACCUCCCCCUCCUCCACCUCAGAGAGAUUUGGAAAGAGAGCGGGAUUAUGCCUUUUAUGAAGGCAGGGCACGUGCUGCUUACACACUUGAUAGAACCACAUUUAGGGAGGAUGAAAUCUUGCCAGAAGAUGACAAAAGAGCUAACAGGACGUUGUUUAUUGGUAACUUGGACCCUUCAGUGUCACAAAAUGACCUUCUGCUUGCGUUUGAAAGGUUUGGCGUUAUCUUGGAGGUGGAUAUCAAGAGGCCACCACGUGGGCAAGGAAAUUCUUAUGGUUUCCUGAAAUUUGAAAACUUGGACAUGGCCCAUCGAGCUAAGAUGGCAAUGUCAGGAAAAGUAAUUGGACGAAAUCCCAUCAAAAUUGGAUAUGGGAAAGCAACGCCUACCACUCGAUUGUGGGUUGGAGGAUUGGGUGCCUGGGUUCCUGUAGCAGGUCUUGCAAGGGAAUUUGAUCGAUUUGGGACCAUAAGAUCAAUUGACUACAGAAAGGGAGACAAUUGGGCUUAUAUUCAGUAUGAAAGCUUGGAUGCUGCACAAGCUGCAUGUACUCAGAUGCGUGGCUUUCCCUUGGGUGGACCAGAUCGACGUCUAAGAGUUGACUUUGCGGAUACAGAACAUCGUUAUCCUCAACAGUAUCUGCAGGCCUUGCCUCUACCUCCUUUUGAUUUGAUUGGAGAUGGCCUUCUUCCUCGAGGUGCAGAGUGUCUGAGGGGUAGGGAAAGAAAUUCUCCUCCAAUGCAUUACAGAGAAAGAGAGCUUUUCCCAGGCAAUGACUGGCAUGUCCUUUCAGUCCGGGAAAGAAACAGAAAUAGCCAUGAACAGUUCGAUCAUCUGGAUCGUGAAGUCAGGGAUAGCUGGUCUCUUGAACGUGGGCGUGACCAUAUUUUGCAAAAUUGGGACCAAAGAAGGAAAAGGAGAGGCCCUCCAGAUACACGCCCAGCUGAUUGUUCUCCUAGCAAUGACCGCUCCAGAAAACGACGAUGCAUUUCCCCGGAUCGCAGCCCGGGUAAUAGCAGUCGUGAUGGUGGACGCCACAGUGAUUCAGACCGUGAUGUUAAGAAUGAGCGGUAUUCGCCCAGUAGGGAUCGUUGUAACAGCACAGAAAAAGUGCCCUGUGGUAAACAUGAGACCAAAACUGUCAAUGUGAAUGAAAAGGAUAAAGACCGCAAACAUAGAACUACAGAAUGUGCAAGUCCCACAAGGAGCAAGACUAAAUCUGACUCCAGCAAUGCCAAAGCAUCGGAUGGCUUCCGGGAAUACGAACGCAAAUUAAAUGUAGCCUGGCAUGGAAUGCUGGUACUGAAGAAUAGUUCUUUUUCCACAAACAUGCACUUCCUUGAGGGUGAUCUUGGCGUUGCGGCCAACUUAUUAAUGGAUGUCUCAACUGGUGGAAAAGUCGCACAGUUAAAAAUCACUCAGCGCUUACGACUAGAUCAGCCUAAAUUGGAUGAGGUAACAAGACGCAUCAAGGCAUCAGGCACUAAUGGCUAUUGUGUCCUAUUGGCUGUACCAGCAUUGAACAGCAUGGAAAAUGUAGAAGGAAUGUCAGCUUCUGUAGAGCAAGUCACUUCACCACAGAGACCACUGAGGAACUUGGUGUCCUAUCUAAAACAAAAGCAGGCAGCUGGUGUCAUUAGCCUGCCUGUGGGAGGAAGCAAGGAGAAAGACCACACUGGUGUACUUCAUGCUUUCCCACCUUGUGAUUUUUCUCAACAGUAUCUGCAAACCUCUGCUCGAACCCUAGCCAAAUCUGAAGAAGACUGUCUAGUUAUAAUAAUUGUACGUGGUACAGCUUAGAAUUGAAAUUGUACUGUUUGCUGUACUACUGCUGAGUAUUGUGAUGUAAACGGGAUACAAAGAGGGCAAAGAUCACCAAACUGUCAGAUACUUUGUUCACAUUGUGUGUUCUGGAGCCCUAUUUUUCUAUUUACAAACUCUCUCACUCUCCCACUCCCACACCCACACCAAUACCCCCAACUGAACUAAGCUGGCAGCCUUGCCUCUAGUAAAAAUAGAUCUUCUACUGAUUGACAGUGAAGUAAUAUUGUUGUCUUUUAAAAUAUCCUACCCUCCCAACUCGUGCCAUGCUUAACACCAAAUUCAGUCACAAUUAUUACUAAAUUAGCUGUGUGUUUGUAAUAACUUCUGGCCACCAUUUUUUUUGUUUAUAAAAAAUGUUCUUGCUCUCGCUUUAUCCUUGUUUCCAUGUCCUCAACGUAAAAAGGAAGUCUUGUGUCCAUAACAUGUAGUGGUUUCUUUUUGAAGAAAAAAAAGUGUUCCAUGCAACAUUUCAAUACCCAAGCACUUUCACUUAAGCUUAAACCAUCAAUUGUACAGAGCUUGAGUGCUCCCUGCAUUGUUUAAGGUAAUGGCUACCUGUCGGUGCUAGAGGCCAGUAACUGUUUAUUUGUCCAAGCAGGAUUCAUUAUUGGAAACUGAGGGUCUUACUCCUUUAAUGUUAUUGAAGGGCAAAACAACUUAAAUUGAGUUGUUUUCUAGUUUUUGUAAAUAUAACUGAUACAGGAGAACAAAGACCUUGAAAACUGUUUUAUGUUAUAAGCUUUAAGAGUUGUAGGCAGUUUUGUUUUGCACUUGAUAUCUUUUGGACACCAGUAAUCCCUCAAACUAACUCAAAAAGUUGGAAUGAAGUAAAGUAAUUCUUGUCUUUCAUGCCUGAUGGUUCAAAAAACAUUUUUAGUUACUUGGCGUUCAGUCCAAAAUCUACAAAGUUGAUGUUAACAUCUACAAUUAGAUUGGCUGAAGUUUUUUGAACCAGUGAUCUUGGGCAGUAAAGUCAGUUGCCAUGCCACACAAACUCACAACAAAUGGAUUAUAUAUGUCAAGAAUCUUGGUUUGAAAUGAGUUGUAAAAUAUUUUUAAGAAGGUGCCUAUGUACUUGUUCUUUUGAGGGCUAACUUGUCAGUUGUGGGAAGAAAUCAAAGAUUAUCUAGAUCCCCUGCUCAGUCCUGGAAAAUGCAGAGACUGGGCCAAUCUUGGCUGUUCGGAGUUCUGGUCAAUUGUCGGCCCAUUAAACCAAUCCUGAAAGCAUCAGAACUUUCAGGAAGCAGGGUGGAUAGAAAAUUAUCAAAAUUUAAAAAAAAGAUGUAGAAUAAUCCUGUGCUCUUUGCAGUACUUAGAGGAGCUGCGCAGCCAUGGUGCAAAUGUUUUGCAAAAUUUUUUCCAGCCAAGCAGGAACCCUUUUAUGUACUUGUGAAAUAAGGUGGCCAGGGUUUCUUUGGGACAGUACAUUUUUAGUUGGCUGAAACCUUUUGCAAAGAGGAGAGAAGAACAAACUGAAGUUAGCCCUCUGAGUCUAUAAACACUGCUGGCUUCCAUUUGGGCAGAGUUUCAAGUAAAAUCUGCACAAAUAAUUCAGAUUUCCUGUUUUUGAUACUACACUGUUGAAAUGUAUGCUUUUACGUUGUUAUUUCUAUCUAAUGUAACAAAUUGCUCUAAAUGUGUGGGCCUACUCAUACAGAUGGCAGUAUUUAAAAAUAAUGCAAGAUGGGAAACUACUAGAUUUACAUAGGUCUUGUACUAAUGCAAGAUAUAUUUUGAACAAGUACACAGGCAUAGUAAUUAUGGUACAAAGAGAAGUUCUUUUAAAUGAGAAAAUGCAAGUGCACACUGACUGUUUCUGUAGUACAAACAUAUAAUCUGAACAAAAUCAGAAAAACCUAAACGUGAAGCUAGUCAAUUUGUCUGUGAAGAAAAAUGCUAACUGUUUUGACCAGCCACAGGAACUGACCUGAUGUAUUUCAGCUUUUUCUGUUUAUGCUGUUCUGUUGAAUGAAAGUACUUCUCCCACCUCCAGCUCCUCCGAAUUGUAUCUGGGACAUUAGGUCACUGAUCGGUGCCAGCAAGCAAAUGUUAUGUAAUUUUUAACAAAAGACUUAAGUUGUGGCCUACAGUAUUUUGUUUGAGGUGUUCGCAGUGUUGAAGGUCACAGGACACUUGCUGGUAAGCAGUUUUUUUUUGAAAAGAGAUAAAACUGAUCUGCUUGGCGUGAUUUUUUUUUUAAAAAGCGUAUCCUGUUCCUCCCAAUGAUAUGUGAAUGCCUGUUGUAAGGCAUCUUUUGACUUAACUCUUGAAUUGAAAUGCCAGUUAGGACAUGACAACUGACCUUUGUGCAUGUACUGGAGGAGCUCGGACAAUAAAAUUUAGUGAUCCCUUUGAAUACAAGUCAACUCUUGUGGGCAUCACUAAAGAGGAAAUUUAUUGCUUACCCCUUGUGUUCAAGAAGUUGGUGUACUGCCUGCGUGAACAGCUGGACCCCAUUCUGUGAAAGUAUUAAAACUGCAGUGUGGAUAUCCAAGAAGAUUGGCUGAUCUCUGAGCCCUGUGUCCCCAAUGACAGAUAGGAAUUGUAGUCACUUUCUCGAGCUGGCAAGGUGAAAGGGAAGGGAGAGUUGGGGUUGAGGGGCUUGGGGUGUCUCUAGCACCUAUUGAACUGUGUACGAUGAGAAUUCAGGUGAGGGGAGAAAAUUAGGGGCAGGAUGUUCAAAAGAAAGACCUAACUAUAAUUUUUUUUAAAAUGCAAAUGCAUAUUAAUGUGUUUAUGGAGACUUUGAAGGGCAUCCUGCCCCUUGGAAUGCAGCAUUGUUAUAAUUGGGAUGCACUGAUCCACCAAAUCAUUUUACUUGCAUUCCACUACCACUAGUCUUUGCUAACUGUGAAAACAACACAGUAAGUGACUUUAAACAAAUCUUGAUAUUAACAUAGCAGGAGCAUGUUUUGAUAUGAGUUCUUCUAAAAUUAGGUGUAUGCAUUUGCACAAGCUGUACAUGUGCAUACUAAUACCAAAUUGAAUACUUGCACUUUCUGUAUGGGGAAUUUUGAGCCAAAUGAGAGAUGCGUGAAGUUAAGGUGGCUGCAGCUGAAUUGUAUUAGCCCAGAUAAAUUGAUACAACAAUGUUUUAAACUGUUAAAGGGAUACAAAUUUGUUUCGAGCAAGUCCGUGUGCACUGUUCUGAACAAUUUUUACAUUGUGGAAUUCAAGCUUAAACUGAAUAGUGUCUUUGGUUUAAUCUCAAUCUCUUGUUUUGAUGAUCUGGGAUGGAGUACAAAAUGUAUAGAGCAUCAAUCAGGAGUGCAUGUCUAAACAGUUGGCAUGUUGUCCUAAGGACCAGGUGUACAAAAGCUGCAGUUCUCCUACUGUUUAGAUUAUCUCCAAUAUUCUGAAAGAAGUGAUAACCUAAAUGUCUUUGGAUAGAUAAGAGUGUAGAUGCAAAAGAGGUUUUGAGUAUUGGCUUUCUCAUCACGUACUAAAGCAGCAGUCUUAAUUUAACCGUAGAGUUUCUAUUUUCAGUAUUUGGAUUCUGUAUUUUGUUUGGAAGUUAAAGGUGAUCUUUUAGGAGCACUUACACAGUUGAAAGCUGUGGAAAAAUAAAUCAAAAUCCAGAUGUUGUUUUGAUUUUGAAGUUUGGUAGUCUUCCUAAGCCCUUCGCCUAGUCUAGUUGGAACUGUGCUCCUGUCUUCACCAGACCAUGCCUCUGAAAACUAGCAGGCCAUUCAAUCAUAGGAACUGGCUGCAGUCACUAGUUGAAUGGAGGCUCAAAAAUGGUCAUUGGUAACUAGUGUUGUCUUUUUAUAUACUUUUUUUUUGCCCCUCUUCUGCUGUGAUUGGGAACACUAGGCGAUUCUGCAAGGUACAGCAGUGCAUCUAGUUAUUGUUGACAUUAGGAUGCUGGGAGGGUAGUGUUGAAGCACAGACCUUUGACCUAUCAGAGGCACUCUUUCCCAUUUUAUUUUCCUAGUCUUUGUUGCUGCCCUCUUGGGUUGGAGUUCUCUUCUACUAUACGUGCAUUAUUUUUGAAUGACUUGUAGAUCUCCACAUGCUCACCACUUAAGAGGGCAGGUCCUGGACACCUUUGUUAAUGUAAAAUACUUUAAUGUUUCUAAUGUCCUAUGUUCUGUGGUGUUCUCUUCCUAUCCCUGGCAGCCAAGGCACAAUUAUUUUGGUAUAGGUAACCCAUUCCAAAAGAAGAAAUGGUCUUAAUUUUUUUUCAAACUACAAACAAUCCAGUGUUAGAAAUUCACUAUAAAUGAGGAUUAAGAGCAGUAAAGGAUCUUAAUCUUAAGGCAAGCCUUCAGUUUUGCAUUGGAUAGCCUUGCUUAGGGACUAUUUAACAUAGGACUUUUAUCUUGAAGAAAAGUAUCAGCUUUUACAGUGUCCGAGAGCUCUACAUCGAAAAUUUGUUUUAGAAACCUAGGGCCUUGGUGCCUUAGUAAGAAGCAGUUGUUCAGUAGCAUGCCAACUGAAUUUCCUUAGUUUUUUUGUUUUGAGGCUAUGUGUAAAAAAUUACUGUAUUCUUGUUAGUUAUAUAGACAAAACUGGUGUUGCAUGUAUUUUUUGUGUCUAAUUUGAUAUUUCUUUCCUGCAAAAACCAAGUGACAGAAUAUUUGAAUGGCAAAGCUGAGGAGGAGACUUCCUGCUGGAAUUUAGUACAAGCCGAAGACAAUGUUUGUUUGAAGUAGAAUGGCCUUUUGCAGGGGGAAAGGAUUUCUGUUAUUUUGUUUUUAAAGAGCUGGAAUGACAGCUUGAGAAAAUAUAUAUAAAAAGUUCCUGUAUCUUCUAAUGUGAAACCAGGUCCUGUGUUUUGAGGGGAAAGAUGAUCUGCCGCUGUGUGCUGUUUAUAGCUGAUUUCUGGGGGAGAAAGGAAAAGCUAUUCGGGCUCAACCAUCUGAAUACGGGCUUUCACAGACACACGUGCGUUGAGCUGAUUAUGUUGUCAACCAAAAUCAAUAAAAUGUGUUUUCUUUUGAGGAAAAAAA